GCAAUCAUUGACCAAAAAAGAGAAAAAGUUAAAAAAGAAAGAGUGGUUCUGGAUAUCUCUCGUUCUUAAUCAUUUUCCUGCUUUCUUUUAUAAUUGUGUUCGGUAGCCGGUAGGUGGACUGGUGAUCUUGAGAUCCACCCUUUAAGAAGUUCAAGGGAAUAUAAUAAAUUGGUUGAAGUUGUUUGAGGUGUCCAUCUCAUCUUAUUUGUCUAGCUCUUCAUGUCGAGUCAUUCUCUUUCGUUUGGUCAGGGAUUGGCAACAUAAUGGAAUUUUGUGUUUUUAUAGCAAAACUUGUUUUCAUUUGAUUUGAUGUUUUGGAGAACAAGCAGGAUGUGUUACUGGCCCUAGAAAAUAUUAGUCCCUAUUAUUUGUGUCUUAUGUUGAUUAGAGUUCUGCUUUUGUUUCAAUCAUCAUCAGAGUUCUGCUUUUGUUUCAAUCAUCAUCAUGGUGUUUAUAAGUAUGUAGAUCAGAUGUCAACAACUUCUGAAUUCACCCUACUCUUUUUUUAUUCAGUUUUUUCAGGUGAUUGGUGUAAAUCUAUGGAAAUGGAAGUUACAGGGGGCUAAACUUGCUGAAUUUUUAUGGCCUUGACUGAUAUCCGGGCAAUGUGUGGGUUAGGGAGCGGUUACAGGGGCUUGCAAAAAGGUUUACAUAGAACAACAGGAAGAAACUGCUUAAAGAACAAGACUUCUGGCAUGGCAUAUGAAUCAUAUUGGAAAAAACACAAAAAUUCAUCAGCAUUCACAGCUCAAGAGAUCCGUCCUACAACGUCUUUUAUGUCUUGGUGUUGUAAAAUCCCUAUAGGUGAUGGAUUUCAUGAAUUUCUUUAGUUUGUUGUCUGUUGAUUAGAACUGUUGACACAUUCUUUGGGAUAUAAUUGCACUAGUACAAGAAUCUUAUGGGAAUGCCUGGGUUUGUGAGUGGGAAGAAGAGAAUUACACAACCAAAUAUGUGCUUCUCUUCAUCUGGGAAACAAGAUAUACCAAUUCAUUCCAAAAACAAUCUGCAGUCAUCUACUAGGGUGACUGAUGAUUCUGAUAGCUUGCUGCUACCUGGGCUGCCAGAAGAUGUGGCAAAGUAUUGUCUUGCACUUGUUCCUCGUUCCAACUUCCCAGCCAUGGGUGCUGUGUGCAAGAAGUGGAGGUCAUAUAUCCAAAGCAAAGAAUUCAUAAUGGAGCGUAAAUUAGCUGGGCUGCUUGAGGAGUGGCUCUAUGUUUUAACUGCGGAUGCUGGAGGAAAGGAAAACCACUGGGAAGUCUUAGAUUGUUUGGGGCAGAAGAAUCAUCUUCUUCCACCAAUGCCCGGCCCCUUGAAGGUUGGGUUUGGGGUGGUUGUCCUUAAUGGAAAGCUUCUUGUCAUGGCUGGGUAUUCAGUGGCUAAUGGGUUUGCCUCUGCCUCUGCUGAUGUGUACCAAUAUGAUUCUUGCCUCAACAGGUGGAGCAAAUUAGCUGACAUGAAUGUGGCUCGCUAUGAUUUUGCUUGUGCAGAGGUCAAUGGCAUGGUUUAUGCAGUAGGAGGCUGUGGGAUUGAUGGAGACAGUCUCUCAAGUGUGGAGGUGUACAACCCUGAUAGUAACAAGUGGACUCUGAUAGAAAGUCUCCGCCGCCCCAGGUGGGGUUGCUUUGCUUUUGGCUUGAAUGGAAAACUCUAUGUCCUUGGUGGAAGGUCAAACUUCACCAUUGGAAACUCAAAGUUUGUUGAUGUGUACAACCCUGAAAGGCACUCCUGGUGUGAAAUAAAGAAUGGUUGUGUCAUGGUCACUGCCCAUGCUGUUCUGGGGAAGGAGCUUUUCUGUAUGGAGUGGAAGAACCAGAGGAAACUGGCCAUAUUCAAUCCUGAGGACAAUUCAUGGAAGAUGGUCCCUGUUCCAUUGACAGGUAGCUCUAAUAUAGGGUUUCGAUUUGGCAUUCUGGAUGGAAAACUUCUGCUGUUCUCACUGCUGGGAGAACCCGAUUACAAUACCCUUUUGUAUGACCCAAAUGCAGCACCGGGUUCAGAAUGGCAGACUUCUGCUAUAAAGCCAUCUGGUUUGUGCCUAUGCUGUGUGACAAUUAAGGCCUAAAUGUGUCUUGCUUGUUGUUUGAUGAUGGAUCUCAUCGAAGUCUAGAAUGUCUUUCUGCAUUUGCUAGUUGUGUUGUAUGACUGGAUUAAGCUUUCUGUUGAUCACUAGUUUGUAAUGUGUCAGAUUUUCAGACCUUUUAGUUAGCUUUCCCGGUUGAACUUAUUAAUGACUUUUCAAUUUAUCUACUGUGUAUUGACUAUUUCCCGGUCCAUAAUGCUUCUUGUGAAUUUAUUCUUGAAGUUGAGCCUAAGUUGCAUGCAUGCCAUCUCAUUAAUCGGCAUUGUGGCAUUGUUGUUCAACAGGCUUGCUCUUGAUAUGUCAAUGCUUAGUUUAUGGAACAAAUUAGUGAACAUUUU